AUGCAUUUGUGCGUCGCCAAGAGUCAUUCGGAAGGUGUGCCUGUUGCCCUGCUGUCCGUGUUGGACGUGGGUGCGGGUAGCUCCCCGUCAGUAGAGGCCGCUGUCCAAGGGACUGACGGGCCGGUCGUCGACCCGGAGGUUGCGUUGAAGCAGAAGAAUGAGGAGGCGGGACAGUUGCUAAUGAUGGUAUGCCGAUAUAUCCAGUUGCAGGAGCAGAGGGUCGAGUGGGAGCAGUACGCGAAGACGCAUCCGAAGCCGGCUGAUGAGAAGGCGGUGCCCGAAGCCUGCAAAGCCGUCGUCGAUGCCCUGGAAGCCAAGGACUUGGAAGCGGUGAAGACCGCCCGCGUCAAGGCUGAUGCUGUCGUCGACGCUGCCUUGGAAAGCAUGAAGAACUCCCAGCUACCUGCCGACGCCACGGACGACCAAAUUGUCAGCGCGCUCAACGUUGUCCGCAGCGACGGUGCCAACGAACGCAUUGAUAGUUCCGUCAACUGGAUCGUUCGAUCCUUCGCUGGCGCCUACGAGAUGGCCGACGACGAGACCAAAGACAAGCUCAAGCAAACCUUCCCAGAAAAGAACCCCGAGGGCCAGCUCUACUUCGACGAGUUGCUCACCAAGAGCAAAGAAGCUCUCGCCGCCGAGGAAGCUCAACGCGCCGCUUACGAACGCUUCAUGGCCGCCCAGCAAGCCGCCGCUGCCGCCGAGCAACCCAAGGAGGAGGAGGAAGCCUAG